AUGGCAAAUUUUCCUCUAAAUCUGCCUACUUGGGGCUCAGAGGCCUUAGGCCUUCCCAUUGUAAAAAUCUUUGGAAGUGCAUUUGGAAAGUUAAAGUGCCUUACAGAAUUCAGAAAUAAAUCUUUUUUAGAUUGGCUUCUUUUCUGGUUAACUGACCAUCAGUCUAAAUUGUCUGAGGAUAAUCAAUGUCUCUUUGUGGCUAUCUUAUGGUCUCUCUGGACCAGUAGAAACAACUUCAUUUUCCAAGGCAUUAGAGAAAACUUCACUGCCGUCUUAGCUAGAGCUAGAGCUAUGCUCCUCACUAGGAAUUCUAGAAAUCCUAGUUUGACUACUCCCUCCACCAUACAUGUCAGUAUUAGUGAUAAAUGGAUGCCUCCUUCUUUUGGUUGGAUUAAAUGCAAUACUGAUGGUUCCUUUGAUGAUAUCUCUGGAGCUAAUGGUGCAGGGUAUGUGAUGCGUGAUUUCUCAAGAAAAGCAACAUUUUGUGCCUCCUUAGUCUUUGAUGUUCACUCUGCUGAAGAAGCUGAAGCAAGGGCCAUCUGGCCAGUUCUGAAGAAAGCUGUGGAACAACAUCUCUCUCACAUCAUUUUUUCAGCCUAG